AAUGAACGGGCGUCCUAUUUUUCAAGCAUUACCGAGACCUCCUCCCUAUGGGCCACCACCGGGAUUUUUGCCACCCCCACCCCCUCAGUUAUAUUCUGACACUCCGCUUGUUCCGCCUUGGACCGGCAGGCAAAGAUCUAAGAAACGUAGUGAGGACGUUAACGAAAAACUGCAAGCUUUAGCACCUCCCAGACCUUCGACAAAACCUUGUAAUUGCCGACGAUCAAAAUGUCUAAAAUUGUAUUGCGAUUGUUUCGCACGUCGAGAGGUUUGCGGUGCAUGGUGUAGUUGUGAUAAUUGUCAUAACACCGAUGCCGAUGGUCACACUCACCUUAGACGAGCUGCAGUUACGGCUUGUAUUGAAAGGAAUCCAAUGGCAUUCCAGCCAAAAGUUCGUUCAAGGCUUCAUUACAAAGGUUGUCACUGCCGGAAAAGCGGAUGUCUGAAAAAGUAUUGCGAAUGCUUCGAAGCGGGUAUAACAUGUUCUCAUUUGUGUAAGUGUUUAGAUUGUGCAAAUACAACUCUACCCGUGAUGCCAAGGAGGAAGCCUCCAAAUAGCCGAAGAAGUAAGAAAACUGCCAGUCCUAUCGACCACUCUGAUUCACAAUCAACUCAAUGGGUUCAGAAACAAAAGUGCCGAAGGCGAAGACGGGGUUUUUAUCCACCAAACGACAGUGUAUUGUCAUCUAGUGAACCAAGUGACGAUACAUCAAGUGGUAGUUCAAGUGAAUACGAAAUUCCAGUGCAAGUAAAGAGUGAACCUUCAGAUUUAUCACAUUUUGAUGGAGAAUUUUUAAAUCUACACGAUACAAUUGAAAAUGACGCAUUUAAACAAGAAGUUAUUGAAGCAACAAAUAGUAUAUUGGAUAAAAAUGAUUCGGAGAGUGAAAAUGUGACAGAAGAAACUCCAAAUGUCUUUGGUGAAAUUAUUUCUACAGCAAUAAUUAUGUAA